AUGUCAGAGGAGGAGAAGAAAUCAGUUUUAUUGGAGUGCCACAAUAACGCUGGGACAGGGAACCACUGUGGUGAACGGGCCGAGACCGUGUGGAAAAUCAUUACAGACCAGGGACGGGAAUUUGUCAAAGAGUUAAACAGGAAAUUAUUUGAUUUAUUUGACAUUGAGCAUGCAAUAACUACUGCAUAUCACCCCCAAAGCAACGGGCAGGAUGAGAGGACAAAUCAAAACAUAAAGAGGGCAUUGAAAAAGUAUGUUGAAAAAAGCCAAAGUGAUUGGGACGUUCACCUUUCUGCUGUGGUGUCUGGCAUAAACACAGCAAAACAGUCUUCAACCAAAUAUUCCCCAUACUACCUCCUUUUCCAUCGCCAUCCCCAUCUACCCAAAAUGAUUAAUGCAUGUCCCAUGGAGGACAUAUUUGAACUGGAUGAGGCAGGAGAAACAACUGAAAGAAGAAUGUCCGAAGUUUCUCAGUUGAACCAAAAGGUCCUUCAAAAUAUUCUGUUUGCUCAGGAAAGGCAGCAGAAAUCAUAUGGGGAACGAAAGAAAAAACGUGGCCGUGUUGUCGCACUCAACACUGGCGAUGAAUGCCUCAUUUCAGCAAACCCCAAAAGUGGAGACACAACGCAUGAUGGCCCCUACAAAGUGGUGGAUAUCACUCCAAAAGGGGUCGCCACAGAUCGCUGGAUGGAGUCAAAUAUUGGAAAUGCUUGCUGCAAAAUAGUGGCAAAAACAGCACACAAAUGUGUUCUAUUGGUCAAAGAACGUGAGAUUUUGUUCCUUGGCUCUCUUCGCCCCAGUGGGUUUGGAGAUGGCACCUACCAAACAAUAUUUAGACGUAUAGCUGAUUUUCUCAACCCUGAGCCCUGGAAAGAAAAGAAGGGGGAAGACCUCCCAAAUUUCCCCCUGCAGUCGUCUGGAACUGACUGUGGUAUCUUCAUGUUGAUGUAUGCCCUCUCCAUAUGCACCAACGCACCAUUCCCUUUCAGCCAGAGUGACAUGCCAAAUAUCAGGAAGUGGUGGUGCCUUCAACUCAUGGAGAGAUUUGGCAUUGAUGGACAAGGACAUCCUUUUGCUCAUUGGAGCGACAAGGCGGAGGGAAUAAUCAAUGGCUCCCUGAGUCCCAUCUUCAGGGUGCCUAGGAAAAGGCCUUCCCAGUGA